UCGGGGUGAAACAACAGUGUUUCGUAUCGCAGGUGUUAUAAAUCAGCUAAGCUUUAUCGAGUCGUGCCGCACAAGGUGGAAGUUUUACACUUUUGUGUAUCCUGCUGUUAUUUUUGUCGGCAGCAAAAUGUGAUCAGUUAGUGCUGGUGAUGGAUUAAAGUGAAGAAAAGAACUGAACUACCGGCAUUAACAAGAAGCUAACGACACAGGCUGUACUCGGGGAAACUUUGCAGCUGGGCGGAACAGUCUGUUCUGAAGCCGUGUUAAUAAUCAUGGACGCCGUGGUGAAAUUCACCAGCCAAAGCCAAGGGAGAGACCGUAUAUUCAGAGCUACCCAGUAUGCAUGUGCACUGUCCAUAUAUCUACUUCGAAACAACACUGACAGAAAGGACCUGGUGGCCAAACUUCAAAGUUUGGAAAGUAAUAUUAGUGCUGGACGAAAAUUGCUCAGGCUGGGAAACACAGCCAAUUCCAUUGUGGCUGCUAAACAAACCAUGAAACUGUCCGACCGAGUGCUGUGCCUGUGCCUCACUGCGGCCAAUAUCAACCGGGCCCUCUACUUUAUCUGUGAUAAUGUCCUGUGGGCCAGAAACGUAGGCCUUAUCCGCAGCAUCGACAAGGAACGCUGGAGCAUACAUGCCUUCCGCUACUACCUCUUCUCAUUAGUGAUGAAUCUGACCCGAGACCUGUACGUUAUUUCCCAGCUGAUGAUGCAUAAAGUGCGAGAUAACCGCUUCAAAUGGAAAAUGAACCAGCAUCUCAAGGAAUGUCCUGAAGUAGCUGAAGUCACAAUUCCUGAGCUGGACGCCCUUGUUUUUCUGCUUCUGGAGACUCUAAGAUCAGAACCCACCGUUGCCUUGGACACUGUAAAAAACAUCUGCGAUCUCUUCAUUCCUUUAGACAAGCUGGGCAUUUACAAGUCAAGUGCAGGAGUCGUUGGGUUUUGUGGGUUUAUAUCUUCCCUGAUUGGCAUUCUAACCUUUGCUCGAUCCACUCUGAGGAUCAAACCCUGAUAACGAGGGGUGGAGUUGGACCAAAGGUUAAAAAUGAUCUGGGAUUUAUUUUUAAAUGACACAAGCUAGCAAUAACAAACAAGUUUAUAUGUGAUAACUGCGUUGACUGGUUUGUAGAAAAAUGUGGAUUUACUCUAAAGCAUUUGCUGCCUAAUUAGAAAUGACCCAAUCUGGCUUUUCCUGUCAGAUAAGUUUUAGUUUCCUCUGAGGUUGGACCUGCCAAUUCAGAUUUUCCUUUGUCAAAAAGAGAAAAUUAAGGAAUUACAAGAUAAUCUUCAUCCAUGCUUCAAAGCACAUCCCUAACCUGUGUCUGAGUUUAUUGUUCUCAAAGAAAGUACAAAGUAUCUACUGUUGGUUGAUGUGUUUAUAGACAAAGAAUCUGUGAGUGCCUAUUUCUGAUACAUUUCAUGAACAGGCAAUAAGUUCAGAUAAUUUCAGACCUGCAGAUCAGAACCAAUCACGGGAAAUCUUCUAAUCUCUGAUCGAAUAAAAUAAUUAACAGCAAUAUUUUUUAGGAAAUGCUUUUUUUAAGCAUAAAUUUCAGAUCUAAGACUUGACUUUUUGCAUUCCUGUCCUCUCCACUACCAGCAGUUUCACAGCUGAUGGUCUUCCAAGUACUAUGAAAAAUAAGGGCUUGUUUCGUAUUCAUGCUAGCUUAGAUGCUUUAGAAAAUGCAUAACAUUUGUGUCUGGGUAAUUCUUGGGAGGUUGCAGGUUAUUUAACCAUUGCAUCCUUUUGCAAUAUAUUGGUUUUUGUACGUAAUGUAACAGGAUGUCCAGACCAUGCAGCAAUAUAUACCCACCCACGGGUUGUUUUGUACCUGCUUUGGUGACUCACGAUUAAUAGUAAUUUUCUGCUCUGUACUCAAGUCAACAGUUGAGAUGAAAUAAUGAGUGGGUACAUAAUAAAAGUACAAAUUGGUAAAGGGGCAUACUGGCCAAGAGCUGUGGCUAGCUGAGUGGUCAAUAUUGUUCAGCCCACAGCCUCUGCUGUGCUCAUUGUUUUAGGAUAAAAUGCUGCUAAAUUAAUAUGAAUGAAAAGUUUGUAGAUUUUUCAUCCAUCUUAGGGAAAGCGUUUAAAUGUUUAUGUGCUAGUGAAACAAUCUAAUGUGCUUUAACUGUAAAUAUUGUUGAUGAUACUUGGUUAACUUGGAGAAAAGUGAUAAAGAGGAAGAACUAUGCACAACCCAUUUUUUUUCCCCCCAAGAAAAGCUGUAAAUACUGGGAAAUACUUGUUUGUGACCGUUUGUUCCCUACCACAGAGGUUUUCUGCUGUAGCCUUUAAUAUAUUCAAGAACAGAAUUGCACUGCCCUCUUCAGGACACAUGACACCUUGUACAAUUGAAAAGGUUUUAAUUUGAAUUUCAUUGAGACAAAACAUGUUGUAAAAGAUUAUUUUCAAGAGGAUGACAUGAUAAAGCAUCCGGAUAUUGCGAAAAUACAGUAUAUCCCAUUGUCUCUUUCAAUGGUUUAGUUUGGCUGUGCAAAGAAUGACCAAACAAUGCACAAAAUAAUCCCCCAAAAAUGUACAGACAUACAGAGCAAUAAAUAAAAUUGUUCCAAGCAGAGAGAAUGCUGUAAUAUAUAGUCGACAAAACCUUUUAGUUCACAUUUCCACUGGUGUUGCUAGUACCAGCAAUCCAUUAAAGCACACCUUCAUGGAAAAAAUGUGGAAGCAGUUUACUGACUUGGAAGAUGAAAUAAAACCGAAAUCUAGACCUUUGCUUCAAAAGUGCAUGUAAGCGGAUACCUGGCUUUUAUUUAGUGUCCAAAUGAGCCUCAAUACGGCCAAGUCUGUAUCACUGGAAAACUUUUAUCUAAUUUAUUAAAUAUGCCUGUUGCAAUAUAUUGUGCAAGGUAUCUUCUGAGAUUAAUCAAAAAUAGGUUGAAGCACUUUCAAAAAGUGGCAACAGUGUCAAACUUUUCCCAGUAAAUCAAUAAUUAAUGAUGAAUCUGUCUCCUUUCUGAGUGAAAAGGCACCUUCAGUAGUUGGUUCCUGCAACAGGUUAAUAAAAAAUAAUAAAAAAAUUCACAAUUAGUACAUAUUCUGUCAGAUUUACAGUUUUUUCCCUCAUAAAAUAUUACCUAUACUUAUCAUGCUUAAAUGUUUCAGUUCAUUUUUUUGUAUAGUAGUAAGAAAGACCAAUUCAAGUAAGGAACGCUGCAAAAUGCCAAUAAAUCAUUUUGAGUAUGUA